AUGGACUACCAAAACCGCGCGGGCUCAAAAUUCGGCGGCGGCGGCGUGGCCUCCCACUCCGCCACCAACGCCGACCGCCGCGAACGCCUGCGCAAGCUGGCCCUCGAAACAAUCGACCUCGACAAGGACCCCUACUUCUUCAAGAACCACGUCGGCUCCUUCGAAUGCCGCCUCUGCCUGACGGUGCACCAGAACGACGGCUCGUACCUCGCGCACACCCAGGGCAAGAAGCACCAGACCAACCUCGCGCGCCGCGCCGCCCGCGAGCAGCGGGAGGGCAAGGCCAACAUCGACCCGGCCACGGGCCUCCCCUCGAGCGUCGCCGCCUCCUUCGCGGGCGGCGGCGCGCGCCGCAACGCCGUCAAGAUCGGCCGCCCCGGCUACAAGAUCACCAAGAUCCGGGACCCCGUCACCAGGCAGCAGGGCCUGCUGUUCCAGCUGCAGUACCCCGAGGCCGCGCCCGACAUGAGCCCCAAGUGGCAGGUCAUGAAUGCGUUCACGCAGCGCGUCGAGGAGCCCGACAAGAACUUUCAGUACCUGCUCGUGGCCGCCGAGCCCUACGAGACGGUCGGGUUCAAGAUCCCCGCCAGGGAGCUGGACAAGAGGGAAGGCAGGGGCUUCUGCUUCUGGGACCCGGACGCCAAGGAGUUUUGGAUACAGAUCAUGUUCAUGACGGAGCGGGAGGAGAGGUUCAACGCCGCCCCGGGGUUGGCUGCCAGGAGAUGA